GGCGGAUCUUGCACUUUCGACGCAUUUCUGCAAGAUGAACCUCGGGAUCCUCCACAACCGCCGGCCGGCGCCCAAGACGACGAAGACCGCGGGGCCGCUUCCGAUGCACAAGGUCGCAAGUCAAAUGGGCGUCGACCCGGCGUCGCUCGGCACCGACGCGCAGCACAUUUGGAGCAUGCUCGACGACAUGGCUGCGAAUGACCACGCUGCGUACCAAGAGUUCAUUGCGAGUCAGAUGGAGGCGCAGGCCAAGGCGGGGCGCAAGAAGUUUACGCCCGUGCCAGGCUUUGUCAUCAAGUACGCCGGUGCGUGUGACGGUACGUCGACGAAGAAGCUCUUUAUCAACUGCUGCGCCCACGAGUGCGUCGCGCUGCCGACCAACCCCAACAACAACAAGGCCGUGCCCCGGGAUACGCGCAGCGUCCCGAGCACGAGCAACUUGUCGAUUCCGCUCGCGAUCGGCGACGUUCGGACACGGACGCUCGGCGGCGAGCUCUGCAGCGUCGUCGACGCCGUCUUCCACCCGUGGGUGCUGGAGCGGGCGGCGUGGGACGCCAAGUUCAAAAUGGACGUCAUGCAGCUCGCUAGUCACUGGGUUGAAGAAGAGAAGCUCCUCAAGCUCCAAAAGCCCGGUAAACUCAUCAAGAGUCUAUACAAGGGCGGUAUCGGCGUCGGGGCCAAGGUCGUGCCCAACGACUUUUACGUACCCGAAGACAAGGAUGGCAGCGAGACGCCAGCCACGAGCAAACAAAGCAACCAAGCCGACAACAAUGCCAAAACGCCGGUUACGCAGUUGAUGGCGUCGCCAAAGGACCUGCUUCGAUCCCUCGAGUCGCCUCCGUCCAACCAACUCGAUGCCGCCAACGCCCCCUUUGAGCUACAGACGACAGCUCCGCCCACAAAGAAAAAACUCAUCGAAGACAUCACGACCCCAGCCCCAGUCAAGGCAAAGAAGUCGGCGCCCGUGGUCAAAAAAGGGUUUCUCAACGCCACCAAGGCGCUGUUGUACCCGUCCGGGUCCACCGAAGGCAAGCCGGCGUCUGCUUACGUCAACCUUCUCCAUCGCAGCAAAGUGGUGGACCUCACGUCGUCGCCAAUGGAGCCAAAAGCGGAUCGGUCAGCGCCAGCCAAUCCACCCAAGAUGAAGGCCGCAGAGACGACCGUGGAUGAUGUUGAGUUUGAGCGUCUCUGUUUGGAUGCCGAGCCCGAGUUGGCGCCGCGACAGCAAGCUGCCGUCGGUGGCGACCCACUCUUUAGCGAUGAUAUGGCGCGCCUCUUCCUCCAAACGCUGCACAAGUAACCUGUGCAAGCCACGUUCUGGGUGCUUUAGCUGGGUAGAGUAGCCCAGCUUCAACCGCGAGGACAACCACAAACCACCACAAAUAAAAACUCUUCGCUGCCUAUGGGCAUUACUCUCA